CACACUGAGCGGAGCUAGAGAGCGUGUUUCACUGGGCAGUGAGUUGACAGAGGCAGAGCUACAGAGGGAGACCCUCUAGAGCAGGAGUGUGUCAGGUUAAGAACACAUCAUAAGGUGCAGCUUCGUAAAAUAAUGAGUACAUAGAAGAAGACGAAGAAGAAGAGGAAGAGAGAAUAAGAGGGGUGACAGGAGAAGAGGGGUGAGAGAAGAAGGGGUAAGAGACAGAAUGCCACAGAACGUGGUGCUGGAGGGAGGGGCACCCUGGGGCUUCAGAAUAACAGGUGGAAAGGAGAACAAUCAGCCUAUCAGCAUCGGGAGGGUAACGCCGGGGGGAAAGGCGUCAUUGGCCAACCUGUGUCGUGGUGAUGUCAUCCUCGCUAUUGGAGGCGUGGCCACAGACGCCAUGACUCUUUCUGAGGGCCAGAACGCCAUCCUAAGCUCCACCCAGCAGCUUUGUUUCAAAAUAGAAAGACCGGAGACCAGACUGUGGUCCCCUCAGAUGGAGCCUUUCAGAGUCAACCUGCAGGCUAAUGAAAAGGAGCUCGGACAUUUUGAGCACAAAUUCAACGUUCGGCCGCGGCCUUUCGGAGCGGCGCCAGCGGUGGCGUCCAUGGAAACCAUUGACGACAACAACAACAGUGUCAGCCGCCCCGCCACCAGACACGUGACAGCUCCGCUGAGCAGACCUCAGCCUCCGGCUGCUAAGUUACAGAAGCUCCCUCUCUGUGAUGUCUGUGGAAAAGGGAUCAUCGGCCCGGUGGUCCACGCUGGAGAGAAGUGGCGCCACCCCGCGUGUUUCCUGUGUGCGUUCUGCGGGACGGAGCUGAAGCACCGAGGCUACUACCUCAUCGAGGGAGAGCUCUACUGCCAGGAGCACGCCUCUGGGCACGCUCAGGAGGACCGCUAGCCCGCAGGCUAACGGAGGACCGCUAGCCCACAGGCUAACCCACAGGAGGACCGCUGGUCCGCAGGCUAACUGAGGGCCGCUAGCCCCGCAGGCUAACGGAGGUCCGCUAACCCACAGGCUAACCCUCAGGAGGACCGCUAACCCAACAGGCUCACCCAGCAGGCUAACCCCACAGGCCACCGGAGGACUGCUAACCCAACAGGCUGACCCAGCAGGCUAACCCACAGGCUAUAGGAGGACCGCUAACCCUCAGGAACUCCAUUUAUUAGCAGACGCCCGCGCACACACACACACACACACACACACACACACACACACACACACACACACACACACACACACACACACACACACACACACACACACACACACACACACACACACACACACACACAAAAACAUAAACACACACACACAGACACACACACACACAGACAAACAAACACACACACACACACACAACCACACCUACAAACACACACACAAACACACACACACACACACACACACACACACACACACACACAUAAACACACACACACACACACACACACACACACACACACACACACACACACACACAGACAAACACACACACACACACACACACACACACACACACACACACACAAACACAGACCACACAAACACACACACACAAACACACACACACACACACACACACAAACACGCAAAUACACACACACAAACACACAAAUCGCUACUAAUAAACAUCUGAGAAGAUGUUACUUUUUACUUUAUUGCACCACAACUACACUGAAGUAUGUCUUAAGUAUGUACAACACUUUGAUCAAUGUUUUGGAAUUUUACAUUAAAACACCAACUGUGCUGUCAAAAACAGACAAAUAUUUUUAAGAAUGAGAAUGAAUGAAGCAAUUUCUUCUUCCAUCCAGGUUGAUUGUUGGUCUGUAGAGGUGCAUGCCACUGUAUCAAUGUCUCCAAGGUAAUCAAAGCAUUGUAUCACGCAGUACCAGUUACAGAAUGGGUUUGACAAUGCUUAAUGGAGAAGAACUGCCUAUACGGGCAGUGGGGGAUGGGGGAUGAAUAUAGGAUACCGACAUUAUUCUCUUUGAUAGUUAUGGAGAGUCAACAACAUGUUCAUCACUGACCAACCAACUCUUUCUCCAUUUUACAAUAAAAUCCAAAUGUUUUUUCUACUUUACUCUGAAUGGUAUUUGGCUUUAUACUCAACAAGCAACAUGUAAUAUAAAUAAGAUCAUCUGCUCGACAAGUCAACAGGGUACAGU